UAUUUAAAGAGUACUAUCUCUGAGUGCCAGAAUUUGGACAGUGUCUGAGAGCCGAGCAUCCAGCCCUCUUGGCGACAACAAUAUUUUUAAUAGGCCUUAUAAUUUUUUUUUAUUUCAGAAGUUACAACUUGGAUCUUAAUUAAGUUCUGUUGGUUGGUGUAUGUUAAUGACAGAUCCAGGAUGCCCACUGUGCGCGUGACACAGGAUCAUCCCGCCAAUGCCCUGGCCCUCAGUCCUGAUAACCUCCAAGUUGUCAUUGCUGGCCGCCAUGUAUUCAAAAUUUUUUCUAUUGAAGAUGAUGACUUAGUUGAGAAGGCAAAUCUUCGUACAGGGAAACACCUGAACCUAAAUUUCUCUUGCAAUGAUGUUGUUUGGAACCCUGUUGAAGACAGUGUUCUUGCAACAGCUUCCACUAAUGGGGCUGUGGUCACUUGGAACUUAAAUAAAGCUUCCAGGUCAAAGAUGGAUUGUGUCUUUAAUGACCACAGUCGAACUGUUCACAAGGUCAGUUUUCACCCAUGUGAACCACACUUACUAAUAUCAGGAUCUCACGAUGGAUUUAUGAAGUUAUUUGAUUUACGGAGAAGAGAAGCUACUCAGACUUACACCAGCAAUGCGGAGAGUGUCAGAGAUGUGCAGUUCAACCCUCAUCAUAGUGUGAAUUUCUGUGCAGUUUCUGAGAAUGGAAAUGUUCAGUUGUGGGACAUGAGAAGAUCUGACCGUGUGGAGAAGCAGUUUACAGCCCAUGGAGGUCCUAUUUUUGCACUUGACUGGCAUCCUGAUGUUAAAACUUGGAUUGCAACUGCUGGGAGGGAUAAAACUAUAAAGGUAUGGGAUUUAAAUGACAAUCCGACCGUGUGCAACACCAUUCAGACCAUUGCCUCAGUUGGCCGAGUGAAAUGGAGACCCAACACAAAGUAUCACAUUGCAAGCUCUGCUCUGCUAUGUGACUGCAGCAUCAAUGUAUGGGAUGUACGACGGCCUUACAUACCUCUAGCUGCUUUUAAUGAACACAAGAAUCUUACAACAGGCAUCUGUUGGCGUGCUGAUCCAAACAGCUUAUUGUCUGUUGGUAAGGACUGUACCUUGAUUCAUCAUUCAUUUCAAGAUGCAAUUAGACCGAUGGAAGAAGUUAAUCCUGCUGCCUUAGAUAUUAGUAUUUAUGGCGACAUCUCUAAUGCUUCUCGUAUAAAAGAAGAUUCUGAACCCACAGGAUCUCUGGCAAAAUUAUCCGUUUUCAGGAAACUUGUGACCUUUGGUGAGUAUAAUGGGCAGGUGUUAUCUUCUGUUCAAAUGAUGACCUGUGAAGAGGAUGCACCUGUCUCCACUCACCAUCUUGUUGAAUCUGCUAAACAAUACCUCCUUACUGGUCGUUCUCUUGCUGAAAUAUGCGAACAUAAUUCUGGCGUAGCCAAGAAGCUGAAUAGACAUCAGGUGUCACUUACAUGGCAGAUGCUACAGAUGCUCUAUGUGGGUGUUGGUGGUAGUGAUCACUUGUCAGGUCUUCAGGGAUCCAACAGAGAUGAUCCGACAAUACAGCCAGACACCAGCUUGGAAAAUGAACAGAGGUCAUCGCGUCAUUUCUCCGGGGGUGAUGCUGGUGGAGACACAUCUGGAGGAGGCUUUAGUGCAGAGGAAGGGGAAACUGAGACCGAUGAUACUGACAACCAUGACCUUAAGCUUACUAAUAUUGCUAGUGGUAUGACAAUUAACCAGGACUUUUUCUUUGGGGAUGGUGAAAUUAACCAAAUACCUUUUGAUUAUGACAAUCUCAAUAACAUGGACACUAGUCAAGACUGGACACUUCCUAAUGAAGCUUUUGAGCCACGUCACGAUAUUUUGCACAGAUCAGCUAUUCCACUACAGGAAUUUUCAUCGAAGUGUUCACCUAGAGAAAUUCAGGACACUGGCGGUGUUUCUGGCUAUGUGAUGGAAACUCCUUCACUACUGAGUGAGGUGCGAGGGACUGAGAUGCCAGCUUGGGGAUGCUCUGAGCUUGUGGUAGAAAUGCUUUACUACUAUGCCAAUCAUGGUGAUGUCCAAAUGUCUGUGACGUGUGUUAUUGUUCUUGGUGACAGACUCAAGGAGCUUCUGGACCCUGACCAGGUUGAACAUUGGUUUCUGUCGUAUAUUGACCUCCUACAACGUUUCCAGUUGUGGAAUGUUUCCAACCAAGUUAUUCAGCUUGCAGAGGGCCUUCCUUCAGUGUUACAGCAGAACCAGCAGUCCACAACAGUAGCAUUGAAUUGUGGUCGUUGUAACCAUGCUUUGGGCUGGAACAGUCUUCUUUGUAGAAAGUGUGGGUGUGCAUCAGCAACGUGUGCGCUCUGUCAUGGGAUAGUGCGUGGUCUGUUUGUGUGGUGUCAAGGAUGCUCCCACGGCGGCCACCUCCAACACAUGAUGCAGUGGAUGGCCAACAACAAGUCUUGCCCAGCUGGGUGUGGUCACUUAUGUGAAUAUACCUAAUUGUUUUCAUGGCAUUUCAGUAGUUUGCCUUUUAUUGCCAAUUUUUUAUCUUUUAAUGUAAACCAAAUUUUAUUCAUGAAUGUUCUUAUGUUUCCAUUUGGUUAUUAAAUGUUUUAAGGAAAGAUCCUUAAAAUCUUAAUUACACCAAGAUCUAUGCUCUUGGUGUAAUUUUCUGAUAUACAGUAUUAUGAUUUCAUAAUUCUUCAAUGACACUGUGAUAAGCCCUGCAUGGAUACAAGAUUCAUAUUUUAUUAAUAUAUUAACCAUAAAACCAGCGUUGAAUGUAAUGAAAUACAAAUUUCUGGGGGAGCCUCAGUGGCUCCCUGAAGCUACUAGCUCUGAUAGUGAUACUACUAGGUCCCAUCAGUUGCUGAGUUUUAUUGGCCUACCGGGGACCAUGAGCCAGAACCUGGCCCCCCUCACAAAGGCACAGCAAGCAGUGGUGCUUACGGUAAAAUUUCUAUAAAUAUAUUCAUGUCUGCCACCACCAGGAAAGCACUCAGAAAGUCAGCAAAACAAAACAAACCACUGCUGGCUUCAAACAAGAUUGCAGCCUCGAGAACCACCAAAGAACUUUCCAAACUAUGAAAACAUAUGAUAGAAAAUUCAUGAAACUAUCACUAGCUUGUUCACCCCACCUUCCCCACUCAUUUAGGGGAAGAAGGGAGGCAAGCUGCAGUCAACCAGCAGCGCCACCCUCAGUUCUAUGAAGAUGGACACUCCCCUGAUGUCCUGGAGGUCUAUCACUGAGCCACCAAGGCUCACCCAGAUUUUGGCAUUUCAUUGCAUUCAAUGCUGGUUUUCUGGGGACAGCCCUUUGUGGCUCCCUGAAACUAACUCCUCACGGAGAAGGAAUCAUUGGGCACACACCAGGGCAGAGGAAACACUGCUGUGACUAUGACAAAGACAAGACACUUGGACAAAAAAGACAACCCAAGGCCACACAAGAGAACCAGGGGACCAGGACAAUAAGAAGAGAGACCAGGCCACCAGAACCCUGUGCGACCACCAAAACUUCCUCGCCUGAACAUCAGCCCAGGACAUAUUUGUAAAGACAGCCGAGAGAGUGGCAUACUUCUGAACAACAUGGGUGCAAAGGCAGACCACAGGUUGGCAAGACUAAAGAACAUCACAGACGUCCUGAUAACAGGGAGCUAAGGGAACAGGAUCAACCCACAAGGCACCCACUGAGGCAGAACUUACCUUGUCACACUAAGGCGGCAAGGUAAGGCACGCACACAACUGCCAGACAGCCUUGUAGGCACAUGAACCAACUCAACACCAAAAGAUGGGGGCAUUACAGCUGAGGCAAGGCUGCCGGAGGCAGGGAAAGCACGAAUAGAGACCUUGGGUUGGAACCAAACAUACGAGGAAGAGCAGAAAAUAGAGGAGUCGAAACGUCCCAAAAGAUGGUACAUGGAAACGGAUACUAUAUACCACUGUGGUGAUAUUAACUUAAUUCAUCCGGACAUCAUCAACCUGGAGUACUAUGUGAAGUACUUACACACAGAACCAGGGACCAUGAAGACCCACAGCCAGGACCAGAAACAGCCCAGCAAAAAGAAGCAUCACAGGAAGAUGGAAACCAAGCAUUAGGAGACAUUAUACCUGCACCUGUACCACUAGUCUCUUGCUGAGCCACCACUUCUUGUCCCAAGCUAGCCAGCCUCAAGCCAUCCAAUCUGCCGUGCAGCCUUUCAGUGAUGGAGAGAAUCAAAGUUACAGUAACAAAAUGACUUCCCAUCCACAGUGGACCGGCCACUGAUCUUUCUGUCCCCUUGUCACCAUCCUCAUUCUGUUUCUAGAGAUUUCUGCCUUAUCCUUAUGUAUCUUUGCCCCCAACUUGCAAAAGCCUUUGAUCACUGUAAGUUGAGGUAACAAACACCUCCAAAUUCAUUGGCUCUAAACAUCAUGCCACUCUGGGGCAUCCAAUUGGGCACACAACAGAGUCCACCCAAACCAGAAAACCAAACAUCCCAACAUGUGGGCUUUUCAGUUAUCAUCUGAGAACCCCACACAUUGGGAAGGCUGGAAUGAGAACAACAUAACAGGAGUUAUGAGUUAGGAGGGUGGCUCCACAUGACUCAGUGUUGAAGGUGUCACCAACCCAACAGGCAGAAAGUAAAGGCGGAUGGACCAAACGUCACCAAGUGGCAAUGAUGACUCGAACCCCUCAACUCGCUCAAUAGUAUCAGGGGGUUCAGGAGAAAUAUCCACAAGACCCCGAACCAGUGGAGAUUUCAGGGGCCGGUGGGGAAAAUGGACCCCAACAGGAAGACCAGACACUGGGAAAUCUAUGCUGGUCCAUUCAACACAAGAAAAGCAUAAUACAAGUAUGCUAACACAGCCAGUCCAACGUGGCUGUGAAGAACAUCCUUGGUGUGCUUGGUAAAGCUCAUGAACCACAGUGUGCUCCAACAGCCAAUAUUUUUUUGCUUGAAGAAAGACAAUGUCAAGAAAACACCUAACUCACCCAAGGCGAGGGCCACCACAAGUGAGGAGGACCCCAUGGGAGUGAUUUCCCAGUACUCCAAGGAAGACAACCCUGGCAGUGGAAGAAUAGCGCUGGGGAGUGCACAGGAAAGAUAACCUUGAGCAUAUGCAGCUCCAAGCUCUCUUAACUCUUAGCUUUCACUGCACCAAAGUGCACAGGAACAGCCACAAAGACAAUAAACCACUACCUGGUGAAAACAGGACACUGGAGCCAGUGUGAUAGAGAAGGGGACCUGACCCAACACUACCAUCAGAAUAAAAUCGAACAAUUGGCUGACCACAGCCUCCCUCCCUCCCUCCCUGCAAAUAAAUGGGGAAGGAGGGGCAUAUGAGCUAGGGCUGAUUUCAUGAAUUUUCAAUCGUUUGUUUACAUGGGGAGUUCUUUGACAGUUCUCGAGGCUGCGGUCUCAUUUGAAGCCAGCAGUGGAAUUUGUUUCACUGGCUUUCUGGGUGCUUCUCUGGUGGAGGCAGACAUGAAUAAAUUCAUAUAAAUUUUGCCAUGAGUGCUACCAUUUCCUGCUCUACCUCUGUGAGGUGGGAGCCAGGUUCUGGCUUGUGGUCUUCGGUAAGCUAAUAGAACUCCAUAACUGAUGGGACCUAGUAGUAUGGCUCACUAUCAGAGAUAGUAGCUUCUGGGAGCCACAAGGGGCUUCCUGAAGAAAAAGUAUUUUGAGUGAAAAUUCAUCUGUGAAUUUAUUGUAUAUAAACAUGUACUUAGAAGCAAAUGUGACUUUUAUAAUAAAUUAUGUGAAAUUU